CAAUUAGCUUCCAGGAUGGGCGGGACCACCACAGAUAACGGACCAAAGUCUCCCUCCGUCUGUUGUCGUUAACGGAUACGUCUGGUGAUAAUUAUGUGAUUAAACGGCAGAAACACUGUAAAUAUUAGCAUUAGUGUGUGGUAUAAGAGCAGAGGAAAAUGCUGGUCACCGAUUUAGAAACACGCUGAGCUUCUGUCUGUCUGUUUCCCGGUCUCCUCCCCUGAUCUUUCCCCAGUCGAUGACAUGUCUCUGGCUCAGCGGGUUUUGUUGACGUGGGUCUUCACCCUGGUCUUUCUCAUCAUGUUGGUACUCAAACUGGACGGGAAGGUGCAGUGGAACUGGUUCCUCAUCUUCCUCCCGGUUUGGGUCUUCGAUGGCAUCCUCAUCCUCAUGCUUGCCAUCAAGAUGGCGGGCCGUUGCAAGCCUGGUUAUGACCCGCGCAACGGUUCGCCGGACCUGCGCCUGCGUGCCUGGUACCUGGCGGCCAUGCUGCUCAAGCUGGGCUUCUGCCUGACACUGUGCGCCAAGCUGGAGAAGCUGGCCGACGUUAAGCUGACGUUUGUUUGCAUACCACUGUGGACCAUGUUACUGGGGGCGCUGGUGGAGCUGGGGCUGAAUAUCUUUCCCGAGAGGAGAGAGGCUUAAGAGGGAUCAAACCUCAUCAUAAAUAAUCACAUCAAUCAAAACACUGUUUAAAAAAAAAUCUGAAAACCAGUGUUGGGAACUAAUUUGUGUUUGUAUGACCAUGACUUAGUGAAACCGGAGCUUUUUCAUUGAAUAUUUCCAGGACUGACGCUCAUGGAAGAAUCAAAUCAUUCAUCUCAAGAAUAAGAAAUUCUGUGUUGAACAAAGAUUCAUGUGUGUUCAGACCUCAGCGGACCGCGCUGGGCUUUAGCAGAGCUGGGUCUCUGCUGUCUUUGCUGCUUAGGAGAUGCUAGUGAAUCCAUCACGUUUGAAAAUUUCAAAACAGCUCAACAGAGUCAAGUAAUAAUUGCAUUUUCGUUAUGAAGAAAAAACUGUCAUAAGAGGAUCAACUGUAUCCUUGUAAAACUACUGUGAAGCUUAAACUGGAGGAGUAGAUUCCUCCAAUGUUUGUGUUUUGUUUCCAAGUGUUGUUUUCUGUAUAUAAGCCAGCAGAGCUGCUCUUUAACUGGAAGGUAGUUGGUGAAUUUUCCUUUUUCUUUAAAGCAUAAGUUGUCACUCACUGCAGAGUGACUGUACGUAUAGGUAUGAGGUUUUUUUUGUAAGUAUUGUUGAUAUUGUGCGGCUGUAUUUACACUACAUUAGUUUUUCCUCUCAUUCCUGACCCGUGGAGGGUUUCUGGCCAAAUAUUGUUUUACAAGUUAUAAAUUAACCCAAAAAGAGUUCAUGGUAAGAGCUUGUUUUGGCUUCAAGCACUCAAGAAAUGAACAGCAGUUUUAAGAAACUGUUCGGUACACAAAUGCAUCCUGGAACAACUUGUGAUAUUCCUCCCUCUGCCCUGUACAAGGUCUCUUUUGUACCAUGUAAAUCAUCACGUGUCACGCGAAAGUCAGUAAGCUCUGAUAAUGUCUCCGCACCGAGACUGAAGGUCAAUAAGACAGAAUCCUUGACGCGUGUUGCACUCGGUGACCGAAGUACUUUACUCAUACAUUUAGAUAAAUACGUUUUUUAUGUCAAGUUAAUUAUUGUUUCACAUUUUGACUUCAACAGCUGACACUGUGCAUGAGCGACAUUUGUUUUCGUGCCAUUCGAUUCUUCAGUAUUUCAAAUACAUUCUUUGCAUUAUUUUGCACUGUGUUGAAAAGUGAAUGAAUACUUGUUUUUUUGAGAUCGAAAGUAUUUGAUAAUUGAUGCAUGUCUUGUAAAAAAAUUAAAUAAAUGAAGGUUCUGCACUAGAA